AUGACCGACACCAAACAACGAUUCUUAAAUCUUCUCGAUAUUCUAUCAUUUAGAGCAGCACGAUUGCUCGUUACAUUUGAACAAUAUAUGCCUGCUUACUUAGUGCCAAGAAGAACAUCAUUUUUAAUGAAGGAACGAAAUGAAUUUGCUCGUGCAUUGAUACAACAUGAACUUAACGAAUCAUACUCACCAGAACAAAUUCUUCAUUGCCGUAAUAUUAUUAAUGCUAAUGAUAUUAGUAAAAUGGAAAUGGGUGUAUGGAUUGAUUUAGAAGGUGCAAUUAAUCGCUUUAAACUUAUUCAUCCUGGUCAUUCAUAUAUAAAAGAUCUGAAUAUGCUCUCUCUUCUUCCAUUUCGAACACAAUGUAACAAUAUUCGAAAUGGUAUUGAAUGUGGUGAUCAACUUCGACUUGAAUUUCAUAUGACUGCCUUUAUCAUUUAUCCAACAACAAUUCAACCAUGCACAAUGUAUAGUGCUGAUUGCAAAAAAUGUAAACGAAGUUAUCGAGUUUCAUCAAUUUAUUGUAAUAAUGAACAAAAAUUUAUUGUUACUCCAGAAGCACUUGAAAAAAAUCAAUAUUUUCAUUUAUCUUCUGGCAAACUAGUAUUUUCUCGUGAGCUGCUUGUUUCAUUUUCUUCUGAUCUUGUAAAUGGUCAUAUUAGUUUUAAUGGUGCUGGUACAUCUUUAUUAUCUAAAGUCGCUCGUCUUCAUCCUGAACUUCAUAAAAAAUUUGAUUCAAUAGGAUUAACUCGUUCCCUAGAAGCUAAUUGGAUUUAUUUUGAAUUAUUCAAUUUUAUUUUUAUGACCAGCUCAGAAAAACAAAUUGUUGUACCAAGAGCGCUUUUUUCUGCGCGAAAUACUGUUAGAGGUGGUGGAAUGAUAAAUGCAAAAGCACAAUUUCUUGAAGAACAUCUAGAUUGGAUAUACAACAUUUUUAGUAUCUUCUGGUCACACCACGAAUUUAUUCCUGAUUGUCAAUGUGAUAAAUCAAUUUGCUCUCGUGUAUUAGUUUUGGAUGGACAUCAAAAGCCCCGGAGAACUGUUUGUAGUUUCGACAAUGUUACUUCAUUUGUAAAUGAAGAAGAAUUAGGUGUCUGUAAUCGAGGUUGUCCUUAUCAACCACAAAAGAAAAUAAAUAAUCAGAACAACAAAAGUAGAUUUUCUCCAUAUUAUUGCUACUAUCAUCAAAAUUCAAAUGAAAUAUUAUCAUCAAAUGCAGAAGAAGAUCGUCAACGUGAAGAAGCAUGGAACAACGAAUUAAAAUUACUUGAAGAACAAAGUAAUAUAACAGGUGAUGAUGAAACACUUGAAUCAUGUAAUGUAACAAGGUCACAGGAAGAUGAACAAAUUGAAAAUAAACGCAGGAGUAUGGGAUUCUUGGCUUCAUUUUUAUCAUGUGGAGUAGUAAUAGGUUUUACAGAAUCUAUCAAUCAUGAAGGAGUACGACAAGUAACUGACCAUUUAUUAACUAUGAUUAAAAUGGGAAGUAAAAUACCUGAUGCAUUAAUAUAUGAUUCAGCUUGCAAUUUAAAGUUAUUUUGGAACAAAAAUUAUCGUGGUAUAUAUCUGAAAGAAACUUCUGCAAGUACGAUAUUAUUUAACAUACGUGUUGCAGUCGAUAGAUUUCAUCAUAAAAAUCAUGUACAUAAAAUGUGCAAGUCAAUUACAAAUCCAGAUUGUGCAUUAAAUGGAAAUGAUGAGAUUUACAAUGGUAUUAAUACUGUUAUAGCCGAACAAUCAUUUCGUUAUUUAAGUGAAUUUAAACUUUCAUUGCGCCGUUUGGCAUAUCCAACAUCAACAAUAUUUAGUAUUUUACUUCUACACCUUUGGAACUGUCGUCGUACUCAAAUCUCACCCGAUCAGUUCGGUUUAGCCACCAAAUAUAUAUCUGAAAAAGUUAAACCUCUUUUUCUUACUUAUUGUAUUUUCGAAACUGCUCAAGUAUGUCAAAAGAAAACUAGCACAGAAUAUUUUCAUUUGAUUCAAGCUGAACAACAAGAUUAUACAGAUGACAAGAUGGAAACAAGUGAUGAUGAUCUUGAACAAUUAAACUAUGAUUGUUAUAUUAAUUUGGAACAGUAUGCUUGGGAUUCUGAUGCAGAUUAG